AACGUAUCUAAAGAUGAUAUAUUGGAUAAGAGGAAAUGCGACCGGUUCGCAAAGGCCCUUGUGCGCAUGCAAGCAUUCUGGUUCUGCGCGCAAUAUAUUUCGAGAAUAUCUUAGGGUCUACCUAUCGCCCUCCCCGAGCUCAACACCUUCGGUCAUUCUAUCUGCGCACUUCUUAUUUAUGGAAUCUGGUGGCACAAGCUAGCGGACAUUGAACAACCGACUGUUUUG